ACAGCUCAUUCCCUGCCGGCUCCCCAGGCCACCGGAGCUGGGCUGCGCGCAAGGCGUUCUUCCUGGGAAGGACAGGCGAGUGUCUGCUGGUUCUCGGCCGCCAGGAAAAGCCCGGAACUAACUACUCUGCCCCUGCAAGGCCCCCACACCGCAGAAAGCCUGCGACAGGGACAGAAGCUGACUGAGCUCUCCUGUGAGGGCAGCGCCCCGGGGCGGUGCAGAAACUGUCGCUGAACUCACCCUCAGCAGUGGAUUAUACAGGCCGCUCCGGGUCCGAAGGCUGCGCAAUGCGAGAAGAGGACAAGAGCAUGCUCAGUGGUGGCGGCUGCGAUGUGGACCUGGCCAACGCCGCGGCGCGAGGGCAAGUGGAGACGGUUCGGCAUCUCCUGGACGCCGGAGCAGAUCCCAACGCCGUCAAUCGCUUCGGGAGGCGCCCGAUCCAGGUCAUGAUGAUGGGCAGUGCCCACAUGGCUGAGCUUCUGCUGCUCCACGGCGCAGAGCCCAACUGCGCAGACCCCGCCACACUCACCCGACCGGUACACGACGCGGCGCGGGAAGGUUUUAUAGACACACUAGUGGCGCUGCACCGGGCUGGGGCGCGGCUGGACGUGCGCGACGCUUGGGGCCGCUUGCCCGUGGACCUAGCUGAGGAGCAGGGCCACCGAGACAUCGCUGGGUACCUGCGUGCAGCCUCUGGGGACUGAUGACAGGCUCCCUGAGGCACCUACAAUGACUUUUUUCUCCCCAGUACCCCACCCCAACCUGGUUCCUGCCACCUGUAAACGUGGAGCAGCGUAGAGCCUGCAAGCCUUCCCAUCUCGGCUGGACUGCUGGGAGCAAGAAGGGGCCAACGGAGAAUAAGUUCAUAUACCUUUUUGUGAAUCUGUAGCCUGCCCUCAACUCUCAUCGUGAAGCCAAAUGCUGAGAAGUGGGACAAAUCUAUCGCCAACAAGUUUUAGGCAUGUGUGAAGUUUCAGAUGUUAACUACAAUUUAGGAUUUUCUGAUGGAAAGUGGAUCACCCUGGCUGCCUAGGAAUCUUCCUAAGGUAAUCCUGAGUCUGGAGUUGGAAGUGGCAGUGCUUAGCAUUCGAGUGGGGGUACUCAGUCUGUUUGCCCCGCUGAUAAACUGAUCGCUGAGGAGCUCCCGGUCCCGGGAAGUAGACUGUAAUCCCUGGAAGCUGGAAGGAAACCUAAGGACUGAUGAGUAGCUGGGAGAGAUUAGAUGGGCUUCAGCGGGGCCCAAGGCUUUCCACUGCACAGCACAAAGUCAUUCGAAAGGGUACUGUCUGGAAGCACUGGAGACUCACCCAGUUCCACCAGGUAACAAAGCCGGAAAGCGCUUGUGGGAGCUACAACAGAUCUGCCCCUAUACUGUAACAAUCCGGAUGUCUUCUUGAAGUAAAGCAGCUCGCCAACAGCUGCUUUUUCUCAUUCCAUUAAGGCACAGUUGACUGUUUUCUGGAUGUAGUCAAAAUCAAACAGUGCAAGAAUAAAGUGUUGUAUUAUAAUCAGA